AUGGCCGGUUCCUCUCAUGGACCCAAGCGCGCUGCCGAAUCAACAUGGAAGUACAGCAAUGGGCCCCUGAUGAAGGUAGAAAAGCAGAUUCGAAAUCUAGAUGGCUCUUCUUACCAAGUCAUUCCGACGGAGUCUCUGGCACACCGGAAUUUCGUCUUCCAAACCGAUAAGUCGUCAUUUCAAGUGACUUCGUCCCCGUUGUUGGGCUCUGUCGAUGCUUCUCGAAGCAAAGAACACAAACCUGCACCUCCACCACCAAUUACUGACCACUCUUUCGUUGUCAACACCGUUGGUAGCAUGCAAAGUGGCGAACGAACAACCGUUCUGCUCGACUCGCCUAGCUUCAAUAACCCGGUUCUUGAAGAUGACUCUCUGGAUGGAAGACGGCUACACUCGGUGGGCGAUCCUCAAAUUCUGCGGAAACGGGCCUUGAGGAGCACUCGUCCCCUCAAGAUCUCCGACAAGGUCAACAGUGACAUCUGGCAGAUCAUCCUCGGUUACUGUGAGCCCAAGCUCCUGCUCGAAGCGAAAACAAUCAAUAAGGAGUUCCGCCAGCUCCUUUCAGAUCGCACCGCGAUAUGGAGAGCGAGUCGGCAGAACUUCUUUGGCUACGAUAUGCCCGAAUGUCCAACUGGUCUGACGGAGCAAGCCUAUGCCGAUCUCUUGGUGGGUCGGGGUUGUCAGAACCGAAGCUGUCCAAAAGAGCACACGGCUGGGGUCUACUGGACCUUUCAAGUCCGCCUCUGUGCCGAAUGUUUUAGGCAGAAGACUAUGCGGGCUGAUGAGUUACCAAUACAUCGAAGACAUAUUCUGAACCGCACAGUGGAAAGUGAAGGAAGACCUCUGUGGGAAUUGCUGCCGCUUGCACGAAGCGAUGGUCGACGGUACAUGCGGCCGAGAUCGGUAGAUACAAGCACGAAUGGAUGGGCCAAUGCCCAUAGCCUCCGCCAAUAUGUUUUCCUCAAGUCGGCGUAUACGCAGCUUGAGAAUCAGCACCACGACCUUCUCCUAUCGGAACCCUCUCCAGUUCAAAUGACCACAUGGAUCGAUGGGAUUCAUAGUAGGACGAUGGAGUUCAUGGUCGAGGUGGACAAUCUCGAAACCUGGUACAAACGUCAAAAGAUAUCGGACAGCGUCGUGCACAGUAUCCGGGAGCGAUUCUUUAUUGCCCGUGCGGCUCAGUUAUCACCGCCAAUGAAACGGAGCGUGCUUUGGAGGAUGGCAGCUUUCCGACGAAUAUUGAAGGUACAAACCCCGCCUACAGAACGGUCAUGGAAGACGUUGAAGGCCAAGAUUCUGCCUUACCGACUACAUGCAGAAAUUGUUGAGCAAUAUGAGCUUGACAUGUUCCAGGGCUCUGAUCGAUUCUCUCAGGCCAGCUCCUCUUCAACUCCUACUGCUAUAAAACUGCACCGGCAGUUGCACGAACACCGUUCGGGAUUGACGAUGAAGCCAGAGCAACGAUUUGUGCUUGAGCUUGGAGAAAGGGAGCUCACGCGAUGUCUGGAGAAACAGGUGGCAGAUGCCGAUCUGGUCCUCUUGUGCCUAAAAAACGUCUUCGAAACCUAUGCAGCAUUGAGCGAAGUACCUAACGGAUUGAAUUACGAUGGUACCUUUGGCCCUUAUCGGUUAAGCCUGGACGAUGCUCGGAUGAUCGUGGAGGAAGUCAUGGAAAAGCGGAUACCUAAAAUGUCUUUGAGAGGUGGUACAGUAUUUCAGAACCUCCGAUGCAGAGGCUGCCGUCGGACAGACUUCAUUAGAAGCUGGUCAUUCGUUGAGGCGUUCGAACACAUUCUCCAAGUGCAUGCAACUGUGGUAGGUCAAGGGUUGGAAUUCUGGCAGUUUGCAGUUCCGUAUGUCCGCGAUCUAGACGAAUUCUCUCGACGAGAUCAUGGAACAGCCUUUCCUUGGUAUACUGUGGCGUGGCCUCGAUGUUUGCCGCUUGUCCCGGGCCACCAGGAGCCUUGGGCUCUCGACAGUUGGCAUCCAGCCAUCAGCAUACCCUUCGUGGAGUAUCCUCGAAACACAAUUGUCUCUGCCUUUGAAGGCCGAAUUCCUCGCCCCACAGAGAUUCCACAUGACGAUUUUACUGGCAAUCUGUUACACGCAGCAAAGAUACUGAACGGGGUCUGGCUUGAGGGACCGUGUCAAAUGAAGAUUGCCCUUAAAUACGCAGUCGACCUAUUCUCUCCUGGUCAGGUAUCGGAACCAUCGCUGUCGAAGUUUGCAGCAAGCCUGGAACUAUUCCACGAUGCCAAUCCGGCAAUUGAACUCAGAUUUCGGUGCGGCGUUUGUGUAGGAGAAGCAAGUGUGUAUCGAACAGCGAGACAUGUUAAAUAUAAGAUCUCUCUAGAAGGUCUCUUGAGCCACUGGGAAGAAAAACAUUCGGGUGGCGGGUACAAGUGGAGCCAGAGCCUACUGCAAUUACCCUCAGAAACAGAAGUAAUGCAGCAAAUUUGUGAAGCAGAUCAAAAGCUGCAGCAAGACAGAGAAGCAACGCGCGAAAGGACAGAACAACUACAUCUUUCUGAGAACGUCCGAAAGCGACCGAAGCUCAAAGCAAGCUUGGUGAUGACUGCACGAUCGGCGGGUGGAAUAUUCGAUCAAUUGUUUGAUCGG